AGAUGCGGCUUUCAGGCAUUUGUUUAGGACAUGCCCAUGGGGGUGUAAGGGGGCUUGAACGGCAACUGGAGCAGUUCAGAGUUCAACAACAAGCUUCCAAGAUGCCGCCCAAAGGAAAAAGUGGUUCUGGAAAAGCGGGGAAAGGGGGAGCAGCCUCUGGGAGUGGCAGUGCUGACAAGAAGGCUCAAGGUCCCAAAGGUGGUGGCAAUGCAGUAAAGGUCAGACACAUUCUAUGUGAAAAACAUGGCAAAAUCAUGGAAGCCAUGGAAAAGUUAAAGUCUGGGAUGAGAUUCAAUGAAGUGGCCUCACAGUAUAGUGAAGAUAAAGCCAGGCAAGGGGGCGACUUGGGUUGGAUGACCAGAGGGUCCAUGGUGGGACCAUUUCAAGAAGCAGCAUUUGCCUUGCCUGUAAGUGGGAUGGAUAAGCCUGUGUUUACAGACCCACCGGUUAAGACAAAAUUUGGAUAUCAUAUUAUUAUGGUUGAAGGAAGAAAAUAAAAUCAUAUGAAAGACUGAAUACGUUUUAUACAUUUUGUUUCUUUAAAAGGUAUUAGGUAUUCCUUUGAGCUGGAGCGGCAAGGAAAUAUAAAAAUUUUUAAAAAGAAAAGAUAUUGGAUGCUCUUUGUAUUCUGUGAAGGCUCUCAAUAUGGGUUUGUAGGUGUAAGAGAGGGUGGGGCUAAGUGAAUGUCAACUGUAGUAGGUAUUUAGUCAGUCGUUCUCGAAGAGAAGUCAAGCAGACUCCCUUUAACUUGUAUUCCCUUUCCUCCCAGAACUGUAUCUCUCAGUCUGUCCCGUAAAUUAAUUCAGAAACCAUCUUCAGGGGAAGCAGAUAUCAACUCACCCUAUUCACACAACUGAAAAUAUUGGGCAUCAAAUAGAUUAGUGUGUGAGAAUCAUAAAAUAAGUUCCUAGACAGCAUUUGUUUUACAUGUUAGUCAACUCUGAUCUUCCAGGACAGGUAUUAUUAGCUCCACUGUCUUAACAUAGUACGCGGCACGUUACAGUCUUUCAGUGCUAACUCCUUUCUUUUUAAAUAAAUGUUUAUUGGAGGAA